CCGCAGAGUGAGUUGGUAGUGGGUAGUCUUGCUACAACCACACAGGACAUUGGUGAGACAACACUCAAAACACCGUGCACAGUUUUGGUCUCCUUACUUACAGUUCAGAGAAGGUUCACUCAGCUGAUUCCUGGGAUGAACGGAGGCUCGUCUUAUGAGGUUUUCCUCUUACACUGCCUUGGUGUGAAGCUCACAUCCCCUCAUACGAUGUUCCGAGUGGCUGUAAUCUGCCUCGCCCUCUCCUUCGGCCUCCUGCACGCAGAGGCUGGUCCUGAGGAGAAUAACAUUGAUAUCGACGAUGAAGCUGAACUGCGGUCCAAGUUUGAGGAGUUCAAAGAGCAGUACAAGAAGAACUAUGACCAGAAGGAAGAGGAGAAAAGGUUCCGGAUCUUUGUGGAAAAUCUCAAGGCAGCCAAACGGAUGCAGGAGCUGGACAGAGGCACCGCGAUCUACGGAAUCACCAAGUUCAGCGACAUGUCAGAUGAAGAAUUUGGUGCUUCUUACCUCAACCCAGUGAUCAGUAAUAACAAUGACACUUGGCCAGAGGAGAUGCUUUCAGCAGAGGUGUCUGGGCCGCUGACAAACAUGUCUCUGCCCCAUUUCGUUGACUGGAGGAAGCUGGGAGCAGUGACCCGAGUGAAAGAUCAGGGGUUCGGUUGUGGAUCAUGUUGGGCCUUCGGUUCUGUGGCUAAUAUCGAGUCGAUGUGGUACAUCAAGACAAAGCAGCUGAGGGAACUGUCGGAGCAAGAGAUUCUUGAUUGUGAUUUUCGGAGUACUGGCUGCUAUGGAGGCCACCCUUACAACGCUUUCAAAGCUGUUAUCAGUCUAGGGGGAAUGAUGUCUGAGAGCGAGUAUCCGUACAAAGCCAGAAAUGGUCACUGCGCUUUCAAACCGUCCGAAGCCAUUGCAAAAAUUCGGACAUUUCGAAACAUCCAACCACGUGAAGAGGAAAUGAAAAUUUGGGUGGCUAAUUCAGGCCCAAUCGUAGUUACCAUGAAUGCAACCGGCCUGCAGGGUUACCGAGGAGGGAUAAUCCGGCCUGGAGCUUUUGCAUGUGACAAUUUCAGAUUGAAUCACGUGAUGCUGGUUGUGGGCUACGGCGUAACCCGAGGUCAUCCUUACUGGAUCAUCAAGAACAGCUUUGGUGCAGACUGGGGCGAGGAGGGGUACUUCCGUAUCUACCGCGGAGAGAAUGCUUGCGGAAUCAACAAGUUUCCCAUCACCGUUAUCAUCUAAUAGAAGAUCUGGCAAGUCGCACGGAGGGACACGGGCAAUUCUACUGCACGCAGCCCUACAGAAGGAGGGAGCCCAGAUUCUCAGCUUAACGCAGCUUCGGUGCUCAAAAGGGGAUCCCCCCAG